AUGAAACCGUCAGCACAAUCAUCCUCUUCCUCCCUCUUCAGUGUUGUUUCUCUUGACCAACAACAACAACAACGUCCCUCUACCUCCAGCCAACCUCUCUCUGACUACUCUUCUCACGUACAAGAGAGUUUUAGAGCUUUCAAGCUCACUAGGAAUAGCGAUGCCGAUGAGAGUGAAUCUCUCAAUGACAUGCUACAGCAAGAAUAUACUCAUCCACAUGAUCACGAUGAUGAUUUGAAUGAGAACGAAGAAAUUUCUCUCAACAACAUGGUCGAUAGCGAUGACGGCUAUACGACACCAACCGAAGACGCAGCUCGAAGACUUCCUUCACUAGUGUCAGAGAACCAAUGGAUCUAUACAACUCCCCAGCGACCGAGAGGUGAGCUGGUGUGCCCAGGAGCUCCUAAGCGAAAAAAGUCUAUAUGGCGGCGCAUCCGACGUUGA